CACGCCUCUCUUUUCCACUCGGGGAUGCUUCUUUUUUAGACCUUUUUACGAGCAGAAGAUGACGGGAGUUUUCGACAACCUCAGCGCUGACAUGCACUCCGCCCAGAUGACGUCCAGCAGCUACCACGGCCUGCACAAGUCGCAGGAGUCCACCCAGAUGACGUCCAGCAGCUACCACGGCCUGCACAAGUCGCAGGAGUCCACCCAGAUGACGUCCAGCAGCUACCACGGCCUGCACAAGUCGCAGGAGUCCCCCACCUUGCCGGUGUCCACGGCCACGGACAGCAGCUACUACAACAGCCCGCAGCCCGGACACGCAUGCGCGGGAUCGCCCUUCGGCCCGCUGGGCUCCUUCCAGUACCACGUUGGCGCCCUGCAGUACCAGCCCAAAUCUUACGACGUGCAGGCGGGCUUUGACGCGUCUUACGCGGGCUACGGCUCGUAUGGACCCAACUCCUCACCCGCCCCCACUGAGACAGAGAAAGAAGAGAGCGAGCCAGAAAUCCGGAUGGUGAACGGAAAACCAAAGAAAGUCCGAAAACCUCGAACUAUUUAUUCCAGCUUCCAACUGGCGGCGCUGCAGAGAAGGUUCCAGAAGACGCAGUACUUGGCGCUGCCGGAGCGCGCCGAGCUGGCGGCCUCGCUGGGCCUGACGCAGACGCAGGUGAAGAUCUGGUUCCAAAACCGGCGCUCCAAGUUCAAGAAGCUGUGGAAGAACGGAGAAAUCCCGGCGGAUCAACACGUGCCCGCGAGCGAAUCCCCGCCGUGCGCGUCCCCGCCGAGCGCCUGGGACUUUCCACAGACUUCAGGCAUGAGCACCGACAGCCCCCCCAUCCUCAGCGCGCCUUCCUCCUCCUCCUCCUCAUCCUCCUCUUCCUCCUCCUCCUCAUUUCUGGCCAACUACUCCUGGUACUCCAACACGAACUCCCAGCACCUGCAGCCGCUGCUCCACCACAACCCCGUCAUCAGCGCCGGCACGAUAUUCUGAAGUCAAACUCCUCAUUUUUUGUUGUUUUGUUGUCGUGCCCUUCUUUUUACGAGCGGAAGCCAAAACAUGGACCUGGCGCACAUACAUAGAUCCACAGUCUCAACACUUAUUUUUCUAUUUAUUUAUUUCGUUUCUGUUCAGGAACAAAUGAACGAAUUAACCACUUUUAUUAUAGUAAUAAUAAUAAUUAUAAUAAUAAUUAUUAUUAUUAUUUAUUAUCAUUAUUAUUACAACCGGACUUGACUUUUUCCCUGCAAAAAAAAGAAGCCCAUCCUUGCCCGUCAUGAUGUAGCUCAAGUCAACGUAUGGUGCCUUUUUCGACAUGACCUCAUCAUUUUUGUAAUUGUGUGAUGAAUAUUCAAACAGACGUUUCCUCCAUCUCCAUAAUUUUUUAGAGCGGAAGCCAAAACAUGGACCUGGCGCACAUAUAAAGAAAACACAGUCUCAACACUUAUUUUUGUAUUUAUUUAUUUUGUUUAUGUCCAGGAACAAAUGAACAAAUGAACCACUUUUAUUAUAGUAAUAAUAAUAAUAAUUAUAAUAAUAAUAAUAAUGAUUUUUAUUAUUAUUGUUAUUAUUAUUAUUACAGCCGGACUUGACUUUUCCCUGCAAAAAAAAAAAAAAAAGAAGCCCAUCCUUGCCCGUCAUGAUGCAGCUCAAGUCAACGUAGGUGCUUUUUUCCUACAUGACCUCCUCAUUUUUGUAUUUUUUUUUGUGAUGAAUACAAACAGACGUUUCCUUCAUCUCCAUAAAUUUUUACGAGUGGAAGCCAAAACAUGGACCUUGCGCACAUAUAAAAAAAACACACAGUCUCAACACUUAUUUUUGUAUUUAUUUAUUUUGUUUAUGUCCAGGAACAAAUGAACUACUUUUAUUAUAGUAAUAAUAAUAAUAAUUAUAAUAAUAAUUAUUAUUAUUAUUGAUAUUAUUAUUAUUAUUAUUAUUACAGCCGGACUUGACUUUUUCCCCGCAAAAAAAAAAAAAGAAGCCCAUCAUUGCCCGUCAUGAUGUAGCUAAGUCAACGUACGGUGCCUUUUUUCUACACGACCUCAUCAUUUUGUUAUUGUGGGAUGAAUAUUCAAACAGACGUUUUUUCCAUCUCCAUAAAUUUUUACGAGCGGAAGCCAAAACAUGGACCUGGCGCAUAUACAAUAGAUCCACAGUCUCAACACUUAUUUUUGUAUUUAUUUAUUUUGUUUCUGUCCAGGAACAAAUGAACGAAUAACCCACUUGUAUUAUAGUAAUAAUAAUAAUAUGUAUGAUGAUAAUAAUAAUAAUAAUAAUUAUUAUUAUUAUUAUUAUAAUUAUUAUUACAGCCGGACUUGACUUUUUCCCUGCAAAAAAAAAAGAAGCCCAUCCUUGCCCGUCAUGAUGUAGCUUAAGUCAAAGUACGAUGCCUUUUUUUCUACAUGACCUCAUCAUUUUGUUAUUGUGUGAUGAAUAUUCAAACAGUUUCCUCCAUCUCCAUACAUUUUUACGAGCGGAAGCCAAAACAUGGACCUGGCGCACAUACAGUAUAUAGAUCCACAGUCUCAACACUUAUUUUUGUAUGUAUUUAUUUUGUUUAUGUCCAGGAACAAAUGAACGAAUGAACCACUUUUAUUAUAGUAAUAAUAAAAAUAAUAAUAAUAAUAAUAGUAAUUAUUAUUAUUAUUACAGCCGGACUUGACUUUUUCCCUGCAAAAAAAAAGCCCAUCCUUGCCCGUCAAGUCAACGUAUGGUGCCUUUUUCCUACAUGACCUCAUCAUUUCUGUAAUUGUGUGAUGAAUAUUCAAACAGACGUUUCCUGCAUCUCCAUAAAUUCUGCACGUCUGUAAAUAUGAUUAUUUUAUAAAUGCAUUAUUUUGGGUGUUUUUUUUUUUUAAAGCUAUUGGUUGCAAAAAAAAAUCAUUUACCAAAGCUACUGAUUGUUUUGCAUCUGAUUUAUUUGUACCAUGUGUUUGUGUCCUAUUUAUUUUUUUUUACCUGUGCUCGA